CCCGCCGCUGCCAUGCUCACGCGAACUGCAGCGCUCGCGCUUAUCCCGGCGGUUGUGGAGGCUUUUGCCCCCACUGCUCUUCCUGCAUCAUGCGGAAGAUUGGCUCGUGCCGGCGCCGUCUGCCGCUCACGACCGGCCGCCGGCGGUCUCCGCAUGUCCGCGGAGAUCGAGGGAGCUCAGAACCUCCUCUCUGCUCUCAACACCGUCCCCUUCGUGGACGAGAUCACUGGCGAGCCACAGGGGUUCACUGCUCCCAUCUCCCACUUCGGCUCCGUGAUCGGACUCUGGGUUCUCUUUGCCCUCCCCGUCUGGUCUGCUGCCUACAAGCAGGCCGGGUGCGACACCCCCUCCUGGUUCGGUGUCUCCCAAGUUAGCGAGGAGGCUCCUGGCAUCGGAGCUGUGGCCAAGGCUGCCCCGGCCUACGAUGGACCCUCAUUCCGCGAGGGUCUCGAGUAUGUGCUGUCCUUCCUCUGGAAGCCUCCCAUCCUCAUCGCCUGGCGCCCAAGAAGCGAUCUUGACCGCGAUUCUAUGGAUCCGGCCCGUGACACCGUCGUCUCUUCCCUCUACAAGAGUCUUGGAGGAGCUCUCGACAAGACUGCUGUCUACGAUGAGGAGGAUCAGGUGAAGGCGGGAGAUGCUGGAAAGGGGGACGGCUGAAGCUUCUCAUCCUCUCGGACAUCCCUGAGAUCGAGGAGACUGCCCUCGGCAGACGCCGUGACGACCUCGCCCGCAACCAGGACUCCUUGUUGAUGAUGACAACUUCGGUAUGUCCCUGCUU